AUAAAUAAAAAAAAAUACUGAAAGUAAAAUGGCCGCCUUGACCAUUGAUAGCGGCUUGCUGUCAAAAUAGUGGAAUCAUUUUAAGACAACGCGUACGCAUUUGCUUGUGUAGAAACAAUCUUCAUGCAUGAUUUUAAUUUGCAGACCGAAUGAAUUUUUUAAAUUACACCUUAGUGGAGUCAAAUAUUAAUUGGCGGAGGUCAUUUACACCUUUGCAAUUGGCUUCGUGUCGUGCCCACUAAACUCGUAUUUGACUCUGUUUACUUGUGAGAAUGAGUGAAGAAGGUAGCGAAGAUUCACCUCCACGGCCCAAGCGGAAGAUCAAGAAAGUGAUGGUGCUGUCAUCGGAUACAAGCUCGGACAGCGACGAAAGCGUCGCAGUGGCGGCGACACGUAGAAAGAGAUUGAGGGUGCUAAGCGAUGAGGGUAGCGACAGCAGCGGUAGCUCCGUGGUGGGCGCGGGGGCGCGUCGUCGCCGCGCUCUACCCAAGCUGCGGGACUCCGAGGCGGACAGCGACACGUCCGGCUGGGCCACCGACCACUCGGACGCUCCCAAGGCCGUCACCUCGGCUGCUAAGCCUAAUUCAGGCUUUGCCUCGGACAGUUCUGAAGGCAAUUCAGACAAAUGCUCAAUUUGCCUGUUACGUUUCACUACUCAAGAAGUAGGAACUCCACAGAGUUGUGAACACAUAUUUUGCUUGGAUUGUAUCACUGAGUGGUCAAAGAAUGUUAAUACUUGUCCAGUAGACAGAAUGACUUUUGAUUUUAUUGUAGUAAGAGCUUGUGCAGGCGGACGAGUGUUGCGCACAGAACCAGUUAAAAUGCUGGAGCGCAGACCCUCUGUUGAAUUGCUUGUUAUUGAAGACCCAACCAUUUGUGAGGUGUGUGGUAGCACAGAACAUGAAGAAACCAUGCUGCUAUGUGAUGGAUGUGACCUUGGCUACCACAUGCAGUGUCUUACUCCACCCCUCUCAGAGGUACCAAUUGAUCAGUGGUUAUGUCCAAAUUGUGACAAUCUGCUGUCAGAUGUUGACUACUUAUUUUCAGGCUACACAGGUGUGAACAUGGAUGUACCACUUUCAUCUAGGAGUGCAUCAAUUAGAGAAAGUAGGAGCACUAGAUCAUCUAGGUCUUACAGUGUUGUGGACGAGCCUUCUACAUCUACAGGACGGAGAGGAAGUCACCAAAAUUCUAAUGACGUACCCACCACCUCUAGUGGUUUGAGAACAAAUAGUGCUAGUACAAGAACAACUUCCACUAGACGUAAAACAUCGGCUCAUACAAAUCGCAGAAGGCCAAAGCGAAGAAGAACCAAAACAGUAAUUAUUGAGUAUGAAGUGCAAGAAGAUGGGAAAAUACCCGUCACAAAGAGGGUUAAAAGGAAGUUCAAAAAGAGGAGGCAGGCGCCCCGCACGGCGGCGCGGCGCUCGCACGUGCGCGCCAGCGGGCCCGCGCCCGCGCCGCUGGCCCUGCAGCGGCAGCGCGCCGGCAUCCCGUCGCUGUCGCUGUUCGGCAGCGCGCAGCAGCUGGACUACUUCUCCGACGACGACGAGCGCGGCGGCUCCGAGAGCGCCAGCACGGCCGUGGCCGCGCGCCCCACCUCCAGCAUCCUCAGCGCGUAUCGACAGGCAAGGAGAAAAAUGAUAUCCGUGCCGUCUCCCCCUCAUGCGUCCUCCGCGCCAGACGUGCUCUCCUCUAUCCUCGAAAGUCAAACAUUGCUUCAUUCUAAAAAGUCCAUUGUGUCCAUUUCGGUAGACGGAAGUGUAAAUAUUAAAUUAGAAACUCGCGAAAAGACCAAAAUACCAAUGAAGGAAUCUGAAGAAUUGAAUCGUCAGGAAAAGCUAGACAUGUCCAAGGGAGAGGAUGCUGUGAAAAAAGUACCAUCUUACCCCGGACAAUCACGAGGCGGUAGGGGCUGGGGCGGCGGCUACACCGGAAAUUACCACCGAGAACAAGGAACAAAUAACUUGAACAACCGGGGUGGCAACUACGAUAAUAACUAUAGUGGCAGUAACUACCAGAAUCGCCAGAGCAACGCGUUCCAACAUAAUAACAACGGGCGUCGAGACGAUGUUGAUACCUACAAUAAUUACUCCAGAAGACCGCACCAGUAUCCGCCUGGAGAUGAUUUAAACUUCGACCGAAACCGAAGACAAUCAUCCGAGCAGAACCGACCAAUGAACAACCAGACACACAACAAUAGGCACAACGAGCAGGGCCGGUACAGCCUGGCGCCGGCGUGGCAGCCCUACGUGCCGCCGCCGGUAACCCACAGGAACGAACCGCCGCCACCGCAACACAGACACUCGUUUGGAGGGUUUGAAAAUCCUCUUGAUAUGAGAAUGGGACAAUUGCCGAGACAAAAUUCGGCGAGCAACAACUUUGAGACUCAUAGUGGAAUACAAUCUCAUCAGACACAUCCACCGGCGAAGCCUCAACAGCAACCGUAUAGGCCGCUGCCAGAACCUCCCAUGUUUAAAUUUGAUAAAGCAGCAGAAGUAGAGAACAAGUCCGAAGACGAGAAGAGUGAUUCCGGACUAGUGAUAGAUACUGAAAAGUACGACCCCACGGAGCCCACCAACGACGAUGACAGCGGCGAGGACGAAGGUCGCGCGGCCGCGGGCAGCCUGGCGGCGGAGCUCGCGCCGGGCAUCCGGCCGCCCGGCGUCCUGACCGCGCGGGCGGCCCGCGAGCCCAGCGUCCUGACCGCGCGGGAGGCCCGCGAGCCCGGCGUCCUGCCCGCGCGGGCGGCCGGCGAGCCCGGCGUCCUGACCGCGCUGGCGGCCCGCGAGCCUGGCGUCCUGACCGCGCUGGCGGCCCGCGAGCCCGGCGUCCUGACCGCGCUGGCGGCCCGCGAGCCCGGCGUGCCGCCCGCCGUGCUGGACUGCGCCGUGCGCCAGGUGCUGGCCGAGCACCGCGACCUGCUGGCGCCGCCGCCCGCCACCAGCGCCAGUGACGACGACUCCGAGGGCGACUGCCCCAACUUCUCCAUAUACUCCGCUACCAGCGUGCACAUAGCCAACAGCGCUCCGGACUUGCCGCCGGAGGCUCCGCGCGUCGUCCACGAAGAUAAUCUUGAAGACCUUGUGCAGGAGGAUGACGAUGUGCCCGAAGAACCUGCCGUCCGAACUGAUAUUACUCCUGCGCCAGUUAAAUAUUCCACCGACACUAUUCAGAAAAAAAAAUCAGAAGAAGAGUUAAAAGAAAAAGUGUCUAAAAGAUGCCCCAUCACUACCAAUCCACGUAACCCAAUAAAAAUUAAACUUAAUACACCUUCGUUGAUCAAAAGGCAAGUUAGUUUAUACGACGAGGAAGAGCAAGAAGAAGAAGACGAAGCUGAAGUCAAUGAGGCGACCGAGCCCGAACCUGAGCCUAAAGUCGAGCCCGAGUCUGCGCCUGCGCCUGCGCCAGAGACCUCGCUUGUCGAGGCCGCCGCGGAUAAAUUAAAACCUAGCCAACAGGAAGCGCAACAAACUGAACUGCUGCCAGAACAUGGAAAAGCGCUUGCUGAAGUGUCUCAAGAUAAAAAGAUUGAAAGUAAGGGACUUAAUUCUACAGAGUCAGGUGAUGUGCUGUCCGAUGAUAAAGCCGAAAAAGAUGACAGGGAAAACAUCAGUACAACACCUGAUAUUGACGAAGAACCCACUACGCCAACUAAGAAAGUAGCCGCCAGGGUAGAAGACAAAUUAGAUAAUGAUGAGGAAAGUACAGGAAGCCUCGAGCGAGCCGCAACCCCGCCCCGCCACGACCGGUCCGCUAACGAGAGCCAGUCCGAUGAAGACAACGACGACCUCUCCGGCACCGAGGAGAACGAGCUCGCGCUUGGCGACCACUCGCCCAGGAAGAGCUGCGAUGACCGGAACGAGGACUUGUUGGAGAAGAUGACAGAGUCUAUCAGCGAAACUGAAGACGAGAGAAGCUACACGCCGUGCCUCGACGAAAACAAGUCCAAAGACACGUCCAUGGAGACAGAGAAAGACAAAGGUAUAGAGGGACUCGAUACUGAGAUGAUUUCUGAAGAUGAGGGUAACGAAAUGUUCUCAGACAAUGAACGUGGUGAACAGUCAGAGCCGCGCUCAUCACGCGCGUCGCACGCGUCUCCGCAGAAACCGCCGCCAAACGACGGCGAGGAAGGCGAGAUAGUCGACAAGAAAAAAGAGGCCCGUCCCGACGAGAGCAAGAAGAAGAAGAAGAAAGACUCAAAAAAAGAGGGCAAGGAGAAGGCCAAGGGAAAAAGCAAAAAGUCCGAGGUUGCGUUCAAGAAGAUCAGUAAGAGUGGAAAGGAGCGGAACUACCGCGAUAAAGAUAAGAAACGGGAGCGACGAGACUCGAGCGACGGCUCGCGCGAGCGACAGAAGCAGCGUCGCAAGGAGCGGCGCAAAGACCUCGAGCGGUACGACGUGCGCACCGUCGUGUCCGAGAAGCGGCGCCGGCCCAAGGAUGCCUUCGGGAGAGACGUGUCCCCGCGCGCGCGCUCGCACUCGCCCAGCCUGUCGCGCUCCCCGGCGCGAGCCUCGCCCGCGCGCGAGCCCGAGCGGGCCGCGCGCCGCCGCCGCCGCGAGCCCCGCCCCGAGCCGCGCCGCCGCCGCGAGCCCCGCAAGCGCCGCCGCUCCGCCUCCGCCUCCAAGAGCCCGCGCCCCAAGCCCGCCAAGCGCAAGAAGCGCGCGCGCGACGAGCCCGAGCGCCGCCGCUCGCCCCGCAAGCGCAGCCCCCGCCGCCGCCGCGCCCGCCGCCGCUCCGCCAGCCGCUCCGCCGGCGCCGAGCCCGCGCCCGAGCCCGCGCCCGGCGCGCGCUCGCCCGCCUCCGUGGACUCGCGCCUGCUGUCGCCGCGCACGCCGCCGCCCGAGCCCUCGCCGCCGCCCAGUGAGCGCCGCGAGCGCCGCCGCCGCGACCCCGCUCGCCACCGCCGUCUACGCGACGCCGCCGGGCCCUCCAAGGAAGUCUUCACCUCCGGCGACAAUAUCCUCGUCAGCGUCAGUUUCAAGGAGCAGGAGCUCGCCGAGGACGACGACGAGCGCCGGGAAAGACGCCGCGAGCGACGCCGUCGGAGACGGCGGACGGCUGCACCCGAGCCGGACGCGGCCGCGCCUCGACCCGUCGCCAUCAUUGACUUGGAACGCUCGCCGUUCCGCGAGUUGACACCCUCGCCGCGGAACGUGAUCGUGCUGAGCGACAGCGAACCUGGAGAGAAGGAGACAAGCAGUGCGGCGGGCGGCGGUCCCGCUCCGGCACCGGAGCCGGCACACGCUGUAGGGCCGAAGACACCGCCAUCACCCGGCGCUCCGGCCGCCGCCCGGCCCGCCUCGGCGCCGGACGCGAGCGGCGCGGACGACACGCGCGGCCCCAACACUCCCCCGGAGCCGCCGGACUCGCCGGACGCUUACGACCCGUACGAGCCCACGCGCUCGGCCUCGGGCUCGCCGGGCUCGGCCGCCGAGCCGGGCGUGGCCAGUCCGCCGCGACCCAUGAUGACGCUGGAGACGGCACAAAAGACCAACAUGUCCGCCGACGACGUCAUCGAUCGCCGUCCACUUUCACCAAUCGAAAAGGUGAUGGCGCUGUUGCAGUCGACGCGCGACGUGUCCCCGGAGCCGCCGCCGGGCGAGGCGGUGGCGGGGGGCGGCGGGGCCCCGUCCCCGGCCCUGGCCCCCGCCGCGCCGCCCGUGCGCAUCGUGUUGCCGUCGCCCACGCGCUCGCAGCCGCCGAAGCUGUUCCUGGCUAAGCCGUCUCCCAUCAAGUCCGACCCCAUCAAGCCCAUGCAGGCCGCGAAGAUCAAGCCGGCGCCCAGCACGGCGGCGGUGGCGGCGCGGCGGCGCGACGGGCCCGAGUCGGAGGCCGAGGCGGAGUCCCCGUACUCGCCGGGCUCCAGCGACUUCGGCGACCUGUUCGAGCCGCCCGGCGCGCGCUCGGGCUUCGACGCGCUGCUGGAGCGGCCGCCGCGCGCGCGCAAGCAGCGCUCGGCCGCCGCCAAGGUGCCCGUCAAGCUCAGCAAGAAGAAAGGUAAAACACAAGUGGGCGUCAAAAUAGAUGAAGACAAUCUCAAGAUCCUUGACGACCUGCCGAGCUCCGCCGUCGAGAUGCAAGUGAAGAGCAAAUUCCUGAAGAAGCUGAACCGACAAGAGCGUGUGGUGGAGGAGGUGAAGUUGGUGCUGAAGCCGCACUACAACAAGAAGCACGUCACUAAGGAAGAGUACAAGGACAUCCUGCGCCGCGCCGUGCCCAAGAUCUGUCACAAUAAGACGGGCGAGAUCAACCCCGCCAAGAUUCAGUCGCUGGUGGAGGCCUACGUGAAAAAGUUCAGGAAAAAACAUAAACUGGGGCUAGUGUAGUGACGCUAGUGUAUACAUGUGUAGCAUAGUGUAGCCUGCGGUGCGCCGCCAGAUGUUCUAUCAGAAUAUUGUAAUUAUAAUUUAUGUAUGGACGAUCUAUUUUACUUAAACGUUUAUUUAAAUAAAUAGUAUUUAAUUAUGAAAUUAAUUUAAUAUUGUUUUGAUUUUAAUCUCUGGGUAGUAGGAAAAUACUGCUAGUUAUUGAAUAGCAUUCCUUCUCACAAGUAGCCGACUUGAGCCCAGCAACAAGAGUACGGCAGCAGCAGUCACCUCGCUCCUAGGUGUCCUCACUACUAUCACGUAUUCAAGCAGACCACAUUAUACCAACGGAUUAGUCGACGUAUCGUACAUCUGCGAAUCGCACUCUGUGGCUCAGAAACAUGCCUGAUUACCUAAAUACGCGAUCUAUUAAGUGCUUUAAUGUUUAUAAUAUCUUAAUUAAGUAUAGGAGCAAGAAGUAAGCCUGCACCUGGCUUAUUAGCCUGUGGUAAGACGGCUCUCUAGAUACGAUCAAUAACACAGAGCCGGUUUCAGUACUUUUGUAGAAAUAAUGAGAGUUACAAUAUUAAAAUAGUGAUCGAGUACUGUUACAAAAGAUCCUAUUGUAUUAGGUACUUGUGAUGGUUUAUACUUU